GAGACCUGUCAUCAAAGAACCUGACCCAUUCAGUCUCAGUCCAGUCAUUGCCACCUGAACACCUUUCCCUAAUAAAACGGAUUCUUUUAAAACCGCACAUUUAAAAUAUUCAUCAAAAUGUGCGGUGGCUGGGCGUGUGCCUCCUACGAGUUGGCUUGCAACAAUCCACCUUUGUCAACACUCAGAUAUACCGGUCGUGAUUUCAUUCCCACUCCUUGCGGGCCAGGCGACAAGUGCUAUGUCCGUGACACAAGCCGCAAGAAGAACACGAAUAAUUGCUAUGUGCCACAUGUGCUUGCUCCCAAGGAGGCUAACCUGUGCUGGCAAAAGCAUGGCACCAAUGUGGAACAGAAGACUGAGCCAAAAGCUGAACAGCAAACUGAACCAAAAUCAGAUCCAAAAUUGGCGUCAAAACCAGAGAGUCCGGAGAAAAAAUAGGCAAUACUAGACUGAAGACAAAAAUAUGUAUCUAAAUUCUCAACAUUCUUAUCUAAAUUAAAAGUUGUAGAACAUA